GUCAUAAAGUUUGCUGAUUCCUGGCUUGAUCAUCUCAGUGGGGCAAGUGCAAGGCUGUGCCAGGAGCUCCAGAUGACUGGAACAUACACAAGCACAGUGCUCCCCAGACUCCAGCACUGAGCCAGGGUGUGGCUGAGCCUAAGCAGGGGGCAUCCUCAAAGUGCUCCUUUAUUUAAAUUAUGCUCCCGGGCAACGUUUCAUAAAUGACCCCACACACCUAGUGCUUACACACAGAGCGGCCUACACACACAGCCCCACUGUGCUCCCUGUUCUGCUUCCCUUACUUUCCACCCCUCUAGGCAUGCUCUACAAAUUAGCAGCCUUGCAACCCUCCCAGGAGUGGGUUCUUGGAACCUUCAGAAGAAAAAGGCAGUCAGAGAAACAUCAACAGGCUAAUCAGGAAACCAGCGUUUCAGCCCACUCAGCCACGAGGGCCAUCCACACUAAAGACUUUAACCUCCUCUUGCCUCUGCAGGCUGCAGGGGCGGGAGCUCGGCAGCAGAGAGGAGGACCAAAGAGGGGGCCUGCUUGAAUGAAACAAUGUAACAAUUGAUGUGAGGCCUUGUCUUGCUCCCUUCCUCAGCGAUCCCCUAGGCAUGAUCCUAGUUCCUGCCCCUCCCCAUCGCUCUCUUUUCUAGUCCUUUACGCGCUGUCCCUCCUUUUCCUUUCCUUUUUUCUUUUUCCCCCUUCUCCUUUCCCCCUCCCUCCCCCCUUCUCCAGCUCCGUGUCAUUUCCUCCUUGGGCUCGCUCACUGCCCGAGAGUCUCCAGUCCGGAGAGUAGGCGGAGCAGGGCGGUGCGGGGUGGCGUAGCGGUGGAGGGCGAUGGUGGUGGAGCUGCUGGGGGCGGAGGCAAAGUAGCCCCCGCAGAGAAGGAGCCCGGCGGCGCCGGAGCAGAGCCCAGGAUGGAGAACCGGCCUGGGUCCUUCCAGUACGUCCCCGUACAGCUGCAAGGGGGGGCGCCCUGGGGCUUCACCCUUAAGGGAGGUCUGGAACACUGUGAGCCGCUCACAGUGUCUAAGAUUGAAGAUGGAGGCAAGGCAGCUUUGUCCCAGAAGAUGAAGACUGGUGAUGAGUUGGUGAAUAUCAAUGGCACUCCAUUGUAUGGCUCCCGCCAAGAGGCCCUCAUCCUCAUCAAAGGCUCCUUUCGAACCCUCAAGCUGAUUGUCAGGAGGAGAAACGCCCCUGUCAGUAGACCGCACUCAUGGCAUGUGUCCAAGCUGCUGGAGGGAUGCCCUGAAGCGGCUACCACCAUGCAUUUUCCUUCUGAAGCCUUCAGCUUAUCUUGGCAUUCAGGUUGCAACACAGGUGACGUGUGUGUGCAGUGGUGUCCUCUCUCCCGGCACUGCAGCACUGAGAAAAGCAGCUCCAUUGGUAGCAUGGAGAGCCUGGAGCAACCAGGCCAAGCCACUUAUGAGGGCCACCUCUUGCCAAUUGAACAGAACAUGUAUCCUAACCAGCGUGACUCAGCAUACAGCUCCUUUUCAGCCAGCUCAAAUGCCUCUGACUGUGCUCUUUCCCUCAGGCCAGAGGAGGCAGCCCCUGCAGAGUGCAUCACACAAGGUUUACGGUCAGCUAAGGCUUCCAAUGCCAGGGCUAAUGGGUCUGAGACCUCAGGAAGUAGCCAGCACACCAACACUGGCAACCUGAUCCCCAACUCUCAGAUAUCAUCCCACUCCCAGGAGAUCCACCACUCAGGGCCUGCUAAGAUAAUCAGGGGCCCACCGCAACCUCCAGUGAGGCGGGACAGCCUCCAGGCCUCCAGAGCCCAACUUCUCAAUGGAGAACAGGGCAGGGCAUCUGAGCCUGCAGACUCCUUGCAACAGGAGAAAACAAGGUUAGACACAGUCCUAUCCCUAAGGAACCCUCACAGGUUCUGCUGCCUCAGUGGGCAAGACCAUGAGACAAGCGAGGACCAUCAGAACUGUGAGCUCAAUCAGCCUCCAGAAUCUAGCCAGCAAGGCUCUGAACAUCUCCUCAUGGAGGCUUCUCUCAAAACGUGUGACAAAGCUUCCAGCAGAGAUGCCAGCCUGCUCAAUGAGACACCAGCAGAGCUAACUGAGGCUCCUUCCUUUGGUAGCCCUCUACACCUUUCAGGACCCACAGGCCAUCGCCAUAGUGCCCCUGAACAGCUACUGGUAUCCCACCUACAGCAUGUGCACCUGGAUCCCAGGGAAUGCAAGGGGAUGGAACACCCAGCUGGGCAGGAUACACACCAGUGGACUCUGUCCCCUUUGCACAGCAGCCACAAAGGGAAGAAAAGCCCAUGUUCCCCUACAGGAGGGUCCCAGGAUCAGCCCAGCAGAGAAAGAAAGACCAGGCCAAUGCAUGAUAGGCCUUUGAAUUCAGGACUCCAGAGCCAAAGCAGCUCUCCACAUGGAGAGCCUGAUGGAUGCCUGUCAGAAAGAGGUUUCCUGGAUCCAAACAGAGCAAGUAGAGCAGGCAGUGACUUGGCCAGUCAGCAGCCCGCUGCCUCUGGUUCUCUCUUUCAACAAACCAAAGACUGUUCCUCAACCACUAAAGAAGCUGGCAGCACAGAAGUAAUGGAGGAAGGAGACAGUGACCCCAAGGAGUAUAGUCGGAUGGGUGGUAGGCGAAGUGGAGGCUCCCGGGGUCGUUCAAUUCAAAAUCGAAGGAAGAGUGAACGUUUUGCUACCAAUCUGCGUAAUGAAAUUCAGAGGAGGAAGGCCCAGCUUCAAAAGAGCAAGGGUCCCUUGUCAAAGCUGUGUGACACUCAGGAGCCAGUGGAAGAGACCCAGGAGCUUCCAGAAAGUCCUCCACUUCCAACCUCUAAUUCACCUCUUCUCUCUUCAUAUAAAAAAUCCCCUAGCCCCAGAGAUAAGCUUUUCAACAAAAGCAUGAUAUUCAGGGCUGGGUCUUCAGAGUGUCUUAGUCAACCGCCUGAGAGCCAUGAAUCUAGGACAGGCUUGGAGGGACAAAUAAGCCCUGGCCAGAGGCCUGGCCAGUCCUCUGUGGGCCUGAACACCCGGUGGAAAGCAUCUGACCCAUCUUCUUCAGACUCUGAGAAAGGACAUGCUUACCAUGGAGUCCGUAGAGGUCAUCGAAGAUGGUCUCCAGAGCAUCACCUACCGCCACAUGUGUCACUAGUCAUGGAAGGCCCUUCCAGCCCAAGUGACACCAAGGAAUUGAAAGCUUCUAUUACCCAAACUGGAGAGGAAGCCAUCCUUUUGCCCUUUGCAGACAGAAGAAAGUUCUUUGAAGAGAGCAGCAAAUCCUUAUCCACAUCUCACUUGCCAGGUUUAACUACUCAUAGUAAUAAGACUUUCACCCAGAGACCAAAACCUAUAGACCAAAACUUCCAGUCAGUGAGCUCUAGCUACAGGGAAUUGAGGUGCCAUCCAGUUGACCAAUCAUAUUAUUCUACAGACCAACCAUGUCAUGCCACAGACCAGUCAUAUCAUCCCAUGUCACCCCUUCAGUCAGAAGCUCCCACUUACUCAGAAUGCUUUGUAAACAAGGGUCUAGAAAAUUCUUUAUGCUGCAAGCCACUGCACUGCAGUGAUUUUGAUUGCCACAGGACCUGCUCUUAUUCCUGCAGUGUUCAGGGAGCUAUGGUCCAUGACCCUUGCGUUUAUUGUUCCGGAGAAAUCUGCCCUGGCUUGCUAAAGAGAAAUAUGAUGCCAAACUGCUACAACUGCAGGUGCCACCACCACCCAUGCAUACGGUGUGCAGCUUGCUAUCAUAAUCCUCAGCACAGUACUGUCGAGGAGAGCAGCUUGGCAUCUGGCAACACUUGGAAAUCCAGGAAGCUGACAGUGCAGGAAUUUCCUGAGGACAAAUGGAAACCAAUAACAGGAAACAGGAAGAGUGGUCAGUCAGGGAGGGAAAUGGCUCAUUCCAAGGCCAACUUUUCAUGGGCAACCUCCUUCCAUUCCUGCCUUGAGAACUCAGCACUUGACUUGAGCCACCGAGCAAUUUCUUCUCUUGACCUCCUUGGAGACUUCAAACAUGGCUUGAAAAAAACAGAAGAAACUUCAGUUUAUGAGGAGAAUUCUCUUGCCUCCAUGCCCCGUCCACUGCGCAGCCGUGCCUUCUCAGAGAGUCACAUCAGCUUGGAGCCUCAGAACACCCAGGCUUGGGUGCAGCAUCGAAAGGAGCUCUUUACCAAAGGUGACGAAACACAGCCUGAUCCUGUUGGAGCCAGGAAGAAGCCCUUUCCUCCUCCUCGCCCCCCUCCUCCCAACUGGGAGAAAUACAAACUCUUCCGGGCAGCCCAACAGCAGAAGCAGCAGCAGCAGCAGCAACAACAACAACAGCAGCAGCAGAAGCAGAAACAGCAGCAGCAACAACAGCACCAGCAGCAGCAAGAGGAGGAGGAAGAAGAGGAAGAGGAGGAGGAGGAAGAGGAGGAGGAGGAAGAGGAGGAGGAGGAGGAUAGAGAAGAGGAAGAAGAGGAGUUGCCACCUAGGUAUUUUAGUUCAGAAAUCAUUGGUCCCUGUGCUUCCAAUCCUGAAGAGGUCCUCAAGCAGCCACAACCCUUGAGCCUUGACCACCUGGAGGCCUCAAGGAGAGGUUCACAAAGCUUCUCAGACCAAGAGUCUUUUGCUCUCCAUACCAGCGAUUUCCUGACUCCAAUAAGGAGCCACCUGGGGUCUCAAAUUGAGCAGGCACAGCCCUCUUACUAUUAUGGCAUGGGAGGACUUUGGAGGACAUCAGAGCAAGAAGCCAUUGAUUCCCCCAAAUCAGAAGCAUCACUGGCAGAAGAGUCCAAACCCAAGCCAGCAUGGAGCCAGAGCUACUUCUUUCCUGAGGAGAAAUUCUCUUUCAUGGGCUGUGGUUCUGAGAAACAACACCUCGGCCCUGCAGACUUUGGUGAACUCAAGGCAACAAGACAAGAGUUUCAGCACUUCUCACCUCCUCCCGGGGCUCCAGUAAUCCCUACCUCUUACUCAGCUUAUUACAAUAUUUCUGUGGCCAAGGCAGAGCUGCUGAACAAGUUGAAAGACCAAUCUGAGAUGGCAGAGAUGGGCCUGGGUGAAGAGGAAGUUGACUAUGAACUAGCUCAAAAAAAGAUACAGCUUAUUGAAAGCAUUGGCCGAAAACUUUCUGUCCUAAGGGAGGCCCAACGAGGGCUGCUGGAGGAUAUCAGUGCCAAUUCGGCCCUUGGAGAGGAGGUGGAGACCAAUUUAAAGGCGGUCUGCAAACCCAAUGAGUUUGACAAAUAUCGUUUGUUUAUUGGGGAUCUGGAUAAAGUGGUUAAUCUGUUGCUGUCACUCUCUGGACGACUGGCUCGGGUGGAGAAUGCUCUUAACAGCAUCGAUUCAGAGGCCAACCAGGAAAAGUUGGUGCUGAUAGAGAAGAAGCAGCAGUUGACGGGCCAAUUGGCAGAUGCCAAGGAGCUGAAGGAGCAUGUGGAUCGUCGGGAGAAGUUGGUGUUUGACAUGGUCUCCCGCUACCUGCCUCAGGACCAGCUCCAAGAUUACCAGCACUUUGUCAAGAUGAAAUCUGCUCUCAUCAUUGAACAAAGAGAGCUGGAUGAAAAGAUCAAGCUGGGGGAAGAGCAGCUCAGAUGUCUCAGGGAGAGUCUACUCCUGGGGCCCAGCAAUUUCUAAAUCACCAGCAGUCUGCCACAGCAUCCCUGACAAGCCACAGUGGGAAUUGCUUUCAUCUUCAGUAGCAGUUUGCUAGCAGUAGAUAACAAGGAGUUAGCAGUUUGUUCCAGCGCUAUUACCCUGGAAAUGUCCCACUGUUCCUUCCCUAGCAGUGGUCCCAACCAGCAAGGAUACCCUAAGGAGGUGCCAAGCUUCUACUUAGCUGUAGCAAGAUGUGACGGUGCAAGUGUACUCUCCUUCCCACAGUAUGUGUGGGCAAUCAUUCACUGACCAUAGAACCAAAAAGUGCCUUCAUUCUUUGUACUAGGAUACCAAAGACAUCCUGAACUCUCAACCCACCCACACCAUAAUCAGAUUUUUGAGGAUCAGAGAAAAGCUCCUUUCAGCCCUAGGGCUUGUGGUCCAGCCAUUUGCUGUGGAGAUCUGGCUGCCUUGAGAGCAUUCGUCUAUCACCAGUUUCAGGGACUCACCCAAGCUUUGCAGUGGGAAGCACAAAAGGAGUGAUUACAUAAGAGAAUGUGAGCAAAGGUUGGUUAUCUCCAGGUGGCCCUCAGGAAAAAGCCAGGCUUAACUAUUUCUACUUUCCUUGGCAGCUGGUUGACAGGAAAGAAGCCUGCUUUCAGCCUUGGCUAGUGUGACUUCCUGUAUCCUAAGACUUUAGGCCUGGAAAUUUUUAUUUCAUUUUACUCUUGCAUUGUUGGGAGUCACAGGUGCCCAUCCCAGUGCUUCACACUAUAGGCCCUUUAUUAUAGCUGACUUCAGGAUAUAGAUUUCAUUAUUGGUGGGGAAGUUCUUAUUAUAUUUUAAAUGGCCUUUUAAUUUUAUUUAUUUUUUAUGUUUUGAUUGAUUUUUUUUCUUUUUUAGCUAGUAAGGUGAGAAGAGGGAAGCUGGAGAGGGAAAAGUUAGCCCAGGAAAACAUUUUCUGCAGAUCAGCCUGAAACCACCAUGGCUAGGUAAGCAUGUGCUAAGGGAUUCAGUCCUUCCCAAUAUAGCUACAAGUGUCUAAGAAAGGUGUUCUCCCCUGGAGCUCAUAGCUUCCCUAUCAUGACCAGGCUGCUUGCUUCCCUUGAAGUCUGGGUGAUUGUGAGCUUACUUUUCCCCAGCAGCAUUAAACUUUUUCUUAUAUAUUUUUUAAACCAAAGAAAUCUCCUGAAACUGGCAAAGGUCACCCAUUUCUGUAAUGGUUCCAAGCCACGAAUAAGUGGAGGUAUGUUUAGGAUGUGUUCCUCUAAUAACUGCUUUUCAGCCUGUGGCCUGGCUCAGGGAACCAGAACUUUGGUAGUUGGAAGCUGCAACCAGGACCAGCUCCCCAGAGAAAACUAUGAUCCAGCCAUAGAGCAUCCACCUCCUUACCCCGAGGAAUAUGUUCCAAGACCCCCAGGGGAUACCAGAAACCUUAUAUACACUGUGCCUUUUCUUACAUGCUCUGUAGCAAUGCCACAUAGAACUGGAGUUAAUCUGUCCUCCCAUGUUCUGUGUUCUAGUGCCUCUUGGUUUACUACUCUUGUGCUUUGGGGUCAUUAUAAGUACAAGAAGGGUUACUUGGACACAAGCACUGUACACUGCAAUACUGCAACAGCCAAUCUGGUAACUGAGAUGGCUACUAAGUGAUUAAAGGUGGGUAACCUACAUGACUUGGAUAUACUGGACAAAGGAAAGAUUCAUGUCCCAGGUGGAAUGGAACAGAAUGGAACUACAUUUUAUCAUGCUACCCAGAAUGGCAUGCAAUUUAAAGCUUAUGCGUUGUUUAUGUUGGGAAUUUUCCAUUUAAUCAUUUUGGGCCAUGGUUGACCACAGGUAACUGAAACUGCAGACAGUGAAAUCGAAGAUAAGGGGAGACUACUGAACAAAGAACUCAAGCUACUGCUAUUGCCGAGGCCCUGACACUGGUAGCCAGCUUAUAUCCUUGAAAAGCCCUCAGGUGGGCAAUGGCAGGAAAGGAAUGUUAAACUAUACCCUGCCGUGUUACCUGGCUCAAUUCCCUGUGACUUACUGAUUGAGGUCAACCUUUCAUAUCACACAGCCCACCUAAGCCCAGCCUAACAAAACCCUAGCAUCCCUUCUUGUACUUCUGAGUUCCUUAGGAUGCUUGGAAGUUAACUUGGUAGUAACAGAGGUACCUCAUCCAACCAAAGAAAUCGCCAAAGAGCUUUGCUACUGCUGCUACAAGUACUGGUUACUGGCUUCCGUUUCCUCUACAUUGUAUCUGAAAACAAUGGGAGAAUCUUGACUAGCAGGGUUUGUGUGUGUGGCAGGGGGAAUGAUCCUUUCUGUGGGGCCCUGGCUAUACUCUUAGUACUGCUGCCAGUAACAAGAACCACUGUUAGUGUCAACCCUGUCAUUCUGCCCUCCAGUGGAAGAUUCUACCCUUCUCAGGAAGGCUGAUGGCUUACGAAGGGCUAGGUUUACCUGAAUGAAGGUUGAGGAGGUCAGGGAAGUACUUUGAAUAAAGGUCAUAGUUACCGUCUUUUUUUUUUUUAUUAAGUCUUAGGGACAAACAAAAAGCAAAUCGAAAUGUCUUAUACUAGAGAGGGAGUGAGGCCAAUGUAUUCCAGCAUUCUAACUUUUUUUUUUUUUAGCCAGAAUACAUUUUUGAGACUAUGGGGCUGGGGGAAAGAGUGAUCAUUUACCUGGAUAUUAUGACCACAAUCUGGAUUUUUUUGUGUGUGUGUGCCAGGGAUUGAACUCGGGACCUUGCACUUGCAAGGCAGGUGGUGGAACCACUGAGCUAAAUCCCCAUUCCCACAGUCUGGAUUUUUCUAGCCAAUGUUAAACUAGUUAUACCUAAGGUGUGUGAUAUCAAAAAUACUAUUAACACUAUCAUUUUUGUCCCUCAUCUCACUUCAGAAUUGGAGUCAGGAUACAAGGAUGCUAUUUUUUACAUAAAAGGAGUUUCCAAAAGCUCUUAAAAACUUAACCCUAAAACUAUACUGAGCAGCGAUGCCCUGUAAACAAAGGUGAACUACUAAACAGACCCUGGCAUGCCAACUCUUGCUGUGGUAGUCCCAUUGUGAAUAAUAGUGCUACGUUGCUGGCAUUACUUGUCUCUUCCCUAUCCUCAGUUUCUGGGCUAUCCCACUUCCAAUGCUUUUGAGGGGGUGGCAAUUUGGAAGGCAGGUCAACAGAUUUCUCUAAAGACAGUUAUUGGUCCAAACAUGUAAUCUGUUCCUUCAAAUACUUAUAGAGGUCCCAGAGAGUAAAAAGUCAGCAAGGUGGUGAAUAGAUAGAAAUGAGUCAGUGCAAGGGUUCCUGUCACAUGCCCCUCUUACUUCUCUCAUCCCUAAGACUCUGAAUAAUUGGGUCUCCCUGAAUCCCACAUCCAGAGACUCAGCCAGGAUAUAGAAAAAAACGCCCGAGUGGAAUCCAAGAUAAUGAGACAAAGACACUAAAAAUAAAGCCCUAGAAAGGGAGAGAUUAGAAGCAGAGGAAAGGCAGGAGGGUGAAAUGAUGCAAAGCUUUCUUUCAUGGUCAGGUUCAGAUUCUGUUUUCCAUUUAACCUCAUGUUAAAUGUGCCCCCAAAAAGCUGCCCCCGGGUCACUAGAGUCACAUCCUCAACCCAAGCCUCCAUGAAGGUGCUGCUGUGCCAGUAGCAGGUCCCAGAUGGGAGAAGCUGGGCACAUUUAUGGCCAUUUCCACCCAUCUAGAGCUUUGGCAACUCCCACUGUCUUUGCCAGAGAGUUGUCUAUGCCAAUGGUAUUUCUGCAAGAGCAUAUUGUAUUAUUUGAAGAUUAGUAGAUCUUUAAAGGGGGGGACAGGGGCAGUUUGUGUAGAUAAAGAACCAGUGUUUGUUGUACAACUGUGGGGGGUUAUCUAUCCCAUGUAAAGCUAUUAUUUUUUUCUGAAUCUUAUUGUUUCUGUAUUUGUGUCCUCCACCACUCCCUUCUUGGCUGACAUAGAUAUGCCUGCCAGAUUGUCAUCAAGGGUGAUACUUCAAUAAAAGGUGCUAAGGACAAAAAUAAUCGACUCACAUGUUUUGACUCAGGUAAUGGAAAUCCCCUAAAAUUCUGCUGGACAGUAUUGGAAAUGAAUUU